AUGCCUUCCAGUCACCCUCACAUUACUCAUCGCUAUCGGGUUCCUUCGAGUGACGACCAUGAACGUAUAUCUGCUCUGUUCUUGGGUCCCAAAGCAGAAAAUGCCGCAUUUCUCCAGCAAUGGUUGACCACGGUUGUCGCACAGCAAAAGGCUGCCCGCGAUGCAUACUUCCCGGAUGACAAUGCUUUUAUUACUACAGACAUGCAAACUUCCCCCGCCUUUACUCAGACUACUAAAGUAAUCACCUCCAAUCUCACCGAAUUAUUGACUGCACUCGGUGAAAGGUCCAUUCCUUUCUUCUCUCCUCGGUACAGCGGCCAUAUGUCUGUAGACCAAAGUCUACCUGCCAUUCUCGGAUUCUUAUCGACCACAUUUUACAAUCCUAACAAUGUUGCCUUCGAGGCUAGUCCAUUCACUACCCUCAUCGAGGAAGAAGUUGGCUUGCAACUCUCUGAGAUGCUGGGUUAUAAUCGGCUAAAUAACACCGAGGAACCUCUCGCCUGGGGACAUAUUGCAUCAGGUGGAACUGUUGCAAACCUGGAAGCGAUGUGGGCGGCGCGAAACCUCAAGUUUUACCCUCUCUCACUCCGUGAUGCUUCAGCCGAAGGCGCAGAGAUGGAAUUCAUUCGUGACACAUUCUCCGUCAAAACCUGUGUUGGUGACAAAAAAUUAUUGAAGGAUUGCAGCCCAUGGGAACUCCUCAAUUUGCAUGUUUCUACUAUCUUAGACAUGCCCGACCGUCUGCACGACGAGUACAAUAUUUCACCUCAGUUCCUCGAAAAGGUUAUGCGAAAGUAUAUCAUCCAGUCUACCAACAAAGACACGUUGAUGCAGCGUUGGGGACUUACCCAACAACCUGUCGUUUUAUCCCCGAGCACAAACCAUUAUUCCUGGCCAAAGGCUGCAGCUGUGCUCGGUAUUGGCUCAGACAACCUUCGCAACGUCCCAGUAGACAUCCAAGCCCACAUGGACAUAAACGAACUCGAUCGUAUGUUAAAAAUUUGCUUGGACGAGGAGACGCCAGUAUACCAAGUAGUUGCUGUUAUCGGUACCACCGAAGAGGGCGGUGUCGAUCGCAUUACGGAGAUCCUGAAGCUGCGCCAAAAGUAUGAAGCUUUGGGUCUGUCUUUUGCCAUCCAUGCAGAUGCUGCUUGGGGAGGCUAUUUUGCAACCAUGCUACCCAAAGAUACAUUGGGUCGAAACCGGACUAGGCUUCCCAAAGAGGACACUACCUCGGGCUUUGUCCCUCACGUCGGUCUGCGCGAGGAGAGCGCGUUACAACUCAGCCAUAUAAAGUAUGCCGAUUCAAUUACUAUCGACCCGCACAAGGCAGGCUAUGUUCCUUAUCCUGCUGGGGCACUCUGUUAUCGCGACGGAAGGAUGAGGUACCUGCUUACAUGGUCCGCGCCCUACCUUGCCCAAGGCAAUGAGGGCCAAAGUAUCGGUAUAUACGGGAUUGAAGGAAGCAAACCUGGUGCAGCAGCAUCCGCGGUAUUCAUGGCGCACGAAACCAUUGGCCUGACUCCUUCUGGAUACGGGAACCUUCUUGGCCAGGCAAUGUUUACUUGUCGCCGAUAUGCUGCUCACUGGUCUGCAAUGUCUACCGAUACUACCAGUUUCACUGUCACCCCGUUCAAUCCCAUCCCCGCUGACAUCGACCCCAACGCUGACCCUGCAAAGGUCGAAGAGCAAAAGCAGUUCAUCAGGGAUCGUAUUUUGUUCAAGUCGAACGAGGAAAUAUACAACGAUUCUGAGGCUAUGGAACUCUUGCACCAACUUGGGUCCGAUCUCAAUAUCAACGUUUUCGCAUGCAACUUCCGCGACCGCGAUAAUAAUCUCAACACCGACGUCGAGGAAGCCAACUGGCUCAAUAACCGUAUUUUCCAACGCUUUUCUGUUACAAGUGCCGAGGAGAACCCAUUGCAUACGCCAUUCUUCCUCAGCUCAACCACCUUGAAACAGUCCGAAUACGGCGUCUGUGCAACCGAAGUAAAGAGACGCAUGGGACUUGUUGGUGACCAGGAUGUUAUAGUCCUGAGGAACGUCGUUAUGUCUCCAUUUACUACAACGAACGACUUUGUGGGAACUCUGGCAAACACCUUCCAAAAGAUCGUUGAGGAGGAGGUCGAGUAUGCACGGAUCCGCAACGAUAUGAAACCUAGCAUUCACACCUUCCUUCUUCAUGGUUCAGGAGAGCAAUACUAUCUUGUCCACACCCCAACGAUCCAUAUGGCCAGCGGCCGUCGCCAAAUCAUCCUUUCAGUAAAUGUUGAAGGCCAAGUUCGGCAGGCGAUACAUGCCCAUGAAAGAGUUGAAGCAGUGAUUGUACAUAACACUGUGCCCCUCCGCCUUGACGAAAUCGUUGACGGAGGAUCAUUUGAUGGCAUACUCACCAUCGGAAAGAGGAAAACUAGUUUCAAAGUGAAGAUUUCAAACAUUAAAGUAGUCAAGAAGCGCUCUCUGAUGACUGAGGACCUGGAAUCUGCGUACCCAUCGUUGAUGCCAUUCUAUUUCUACGGGACUCAAGGACACGCUCAUCUCGACCAUGUCAUUACUGUCGUUCCUAACAUCCAUCUGAGUGCUGGCGAAAUACAGUACAAAUUCGACGACGAGGUGUCAAGCGAGGACCUCGCCAAGGGCCUCAUUGUUGUUGCUGAGAACGUACACGAGGCAUCCAUGCAGCCCUUCCCGCUCAUGAAAGAUUUCAAGAUCACCAACCAAUUCUUCUUCAGCUCCGGGCAAAUACUCCGCGUCAAAGUGUACAGAGAUCCAUACCCGGCAUCGACAAUGGAUCCCAUCCCUCUCCACGACAUCAAGAACCAGCCCGUCGUUACACAAGGCACUAUCACGCUCGUCGGAAAUAUUUACGUCGAUUCUGAUGCACUCAACGUCGCUUCUGAGCCUACUGCCGACGAAGACGCGGCGCAUGUUCCUCACGCUCGCAACAUGUACGGCGAGAUGACCGCUGGAACGAUCAAAGGCUGGCAAAACGCUGUUCGUCAUUUCCACAACAAAUUGGAGACUGUUGCUCCGACGAAGUAG